CCGGAUUUCCCUCUCACUGCUUGUGUCUUUCAUACGGAAAUCGCAGAUGUUAUCAGUCAGUGAAGGCGUGUAACGUAUUAUUUCUAAAUUUUCUGGAAGAGUUUCGCGGAAUAGUCCGAAUUACUCUAUUCAGCAUUUGCCAUUUAUAUCUUGACUAAUGGUUAUCAAUGUGAAAAUCUUGUCAGUGCUACUUAUGGUACUAUCAGAUACAAAUAAUUGGAUUGAUAUCAUUAUUGAUGUUAUUAAAGAUUGAGUUUAAUUGAUUUGGGAUAUCAAGUAUGAAAGACAGACUGUCCGAUUUGCAGCAGAGCGCUAAGAAAGAAAUAUCGUUGUCGGCUUUGGUGGAACGACUGGACGAGGAAUGGACAGAUGCAUCCGAGAAAAUGAAUUUGUUAAAUAAAGCUAGUAGCAGCAAAGUCGACACGUUUCUAACGCAUGUGGAUGGGUUGGUAAAUGAUUUGAAUGGAAUGGAAACUUUACUGGAUGAAAUAAAAGAUUGGCAUUGGAAAAUCAUUGUGGAACCAGGAGAUCAUCCUGAAAUGAAUGCGCAAUUAGAUGGUGCAAUAGCUUCUUACACGGCAAUGCUUUAUAAAACCCAGGCUGCUCUCAAAAGUUUAAAUGCUGAAGUUGAGCGGCAGUUCGAUAAAGCGACCGAUGAAACUGCUCAAACCGUCGAAACACGGAUUAGAAGAAAUCAGCUAAUGACGCUGACGAAAAGGCUGCAGGGUCUACUGAUCGCUUUCAAUGAUGAGCAACUUACAUACAAAGAUAAAUGCAAACGGAAAAUCCAGUCGUACUUGAAAAUUUCUGACAACGUAGUGAACGAAGAAGAUCUUGAAGCGAUCAUCGAAAAAGGAACUUUAUUUGAGCACACAAAAGUGCUGAUGUUGGCGGAACAAGAUAAGAAAGCUCUGUAUGAUGAAGUAAAGACGCGUCGUGAGGAUAUUGUGAAAUUAGAAAGCAGUAUAAGGGAGUUACAUGGCCUAUUUGUCGAAUUAGCUACUCUCAUCCAGAGCCAGAGUGAACUGCUAAAUAACAUAGAGCGAAAUGUUGAAAGUGCUGUGGAAUAUGCUCAGAAAGCCCACACGAACAUGAUCAAAGCUAAAAAUAUGAGGGCAAGUAUCCGUAAGGUUGUCCUUUUUGUAAUUGCUACAGCUUUUUAGAUUUUAGAUCUGAAUAUUCUUAGUCGUAUUUGACAGAAAAUCGAGAUUUUAUUCGCUUUUUGCUUAUUUCGAUUCCAAAGUGGAUAUUCCUACUUCAUUGUUUCAGAAAA